CUUACACUAACCCUUACCCUUACACUAAUCCUUAACACUAACCCUUACCCCUAACCCUUACCCUAACCCUAACCCCUUACCUUUACCCCUAACCCUGACCCCUAACCCUGACCCCUAACCCUAACCCUUACCCCUUGCCCUUACCCUUACUCUAACCCUUACCCUUACCCUUACCCCUAAACCUAACCCUUAGGCACAAUUUCCAAUGAACUGAAGGUACCAUGAGCAUAUGUACCAACAUCUGUAUAUGAAUAUAAAAACCACACAGAGCAUCUUUCAGAAAUGCAGCAAAAAUCAAGUGAUGAACAAACGUUGGUCUGAAAAGUCGGACUUAACCUUAAGACAACAAACGAGGAACAGGUGAAGAGGGUGGCAUCAGGUAUGCAGGGAAACUUCCGUUUGAGCGGAUCACCUGACUGUUUGGAAUUAUUUCAACACUGGCCUAAUACGAGAUUUACCUGCUUGCCUGCCUCUCUUGAGUAAGGUUCCACUUUCCUCAUUGAUGCCCUUUAUACUGCAGUAGUUUUAACUACCGUCUUUUUAUUCCUUUUUAUACUGGAUUUUAUUCCUGAGUUCUCUGAAAUUUUGUCAGAUGUUUUAACAUUCAUAUUUGUUGUCCAUUCAAGCCAGUGGUUGAGGGAGUUUUUAACAGCUUCAUUUAAUUUGCCCCAGUCUGUCAUUGGUCCUACACACAAGCUUUGACGUACUGUAUACUAAACCUUAUUUUAUGUGGAAAUAUCUGAUACCUGUGCGUCUGAUCAUCAGCCGAUCUUGUUUGAGGUUUCACAUCCACCUUCUAAAGCCUGUCUGCCAAGGAACUACUCAUGCUGCAUUAGGCCAUGUACUGCCCGUCAGUUCUCAGAUGCAUUCAUGGCUGCUCCUCUGACGUACGUCAUCGAGAAUUCGCCUCAGUAUCUCAGCACAGAUGACUUGGCCACCUCGUUUAAUGCUACAGUCGUGCUUGAAAGUUUGUGAACCCUUUCAAAUUUUCUAGGUUUCUGCAUAAAUCUGGAAAAUGAUCCUCGUCAAACUUUUUGCACAGUAUCCAGGUUGCAUGUCACAUGACAUGACAUUAAUUAAUACCCUCACCAUGGCAACACCAUUCACAGUUUUGUAUCAUAGAUCGGACCAGUCACGUGAACAAAAACUGGUUUGAAUGUGAUGAAUCCCUUACGAGGAGUACUGUGGCACACGAAGUGCCUGAUUGGCUUGUAGCACUUAAUUAUUCAUCAGCUAGUGUUCACACUGAUUAAAGAGCACUCUGGUGUCCUAUAUUCAGCUUCUCAGACGAAAGUUUCUGUUUGGUGGAGUUAAUGGACGAGAUUGUGAAAUGUGUUUGUCUUUAGAAGAUCAACAUGUAUACCAAAUGUGGUGCAUGAAGGUUAAAAACGAAUGAAAAAUGUCACGGGGUGCUAUCAAGCUUUUGGGGCUCAAUAAUGUCUAUGCACCAUCAUUUAACCUUCAUUUAAAGCUGCAGUAGUGAACCUUUGCCUCUCUAUCGCCAUCUCUGUUUGAAACAUAAAGUUUCAAGUUACUUCUGUUUUUUAAAAUCUUUUUUGUUUCAGCACUGCUCCCCUGCACGUGCGAAUCUGAUGGUUUGAGGUAUUCAUGUGUCUUGUAUAUUAGCGCCAAUACUUCACAAUGGAGGUGGAGGUGUGUGUUGUUUGUGGGAAGCACAAUGGCAUAACGUAAAAGAAUGUCUAACUAUGGUUAAAAAGAGCCAGUUGAAGCUCAAAUCUUAUAGAUGUGAUGCAUUUUCACAAAUAUUUAGAUAUAAUGUCAACAUAAUGUCUCGUCUUCAUUUUCUGGUGGAAUUCUACAAAGGACAGGACAACAGUAUGAUAUUUUCGGACGACAGAUCUCAUUCUUAGCAGAAGUGAUAUUUCAUUGUUUUCAACACCACACCCAUGAAACUGCGGUCACUGAUGACAUCAUACCUCCACCAAAGAACCACCUUUCACACACCCGCUCAGAUAUACUGUCUAAAACCCACCCCCAGACGCUUAUUGUGUUGUGAUGACACAACCGGAUACUCCUUGAAACCAAAUACAAGCAGUGAAAAGCUAGAAGUCUGUGCUAAGAGCUUUACGAAUGCACGUCAGCAGCGAUCUCAGCUCUGUCGUGUCAUGGUCGUAAUAGGAAGAAGCUGACCCUACAGAUUAACAUGGAUACGGUUCCGAGUCUGAGAUUAACUUGUCACCUCAUCUAGCACGGAUUUCCCAUCUGAGCUGUCUUAGUGUUCCAGAAAUUCUACAUCCAUCCUAUUAAUGUACCUUGGUUUAAAUGAACGGAUAUGCAAUAUGAUAUGAUAUGAUAUGAAAGUGUAGGCCAUAAUUAAAGGUGUUUAAAAAAAGGAUCAUUAUUCACUUGUGUUUUUAAGGGGUCAGUUUCACUUUGAAGACAUAUUUGGGUUUGAGUUGUGAUAAGACGUGUUCGUACGGUGGUGUGGUUUUCACCCAUUCCCAAAACACCAGAAAUAAUGGAAAGUCACUCGUUCUGCUGGGUUUUGUCAAACAUGUCCGCCAUUACUCACCUCCUCGGGUUAUGUUUCAACUCGGUUCUAGAGUCUAAUUCCAGCGUUUAAAUCCUCUUAGGAACCUUAAGCUAUUUCAGUGAAUAAGCACAGUGUUGUCCAGUGAGCCUCAUUAUAAGAAAGCCCUCCUCGAGCAGCCUAAAACACUUCAACGCAGAGCCUGACCACGGAACAGUCCAGCGAAGAGACCUGUCUUCACACGCAACACAAAGACAACAACAUGUCCGACAGAGGAUUAGUUGAGGAGGAGGUGGCUGUGACUCAUACAGGACCAAAGGGAGUAAUUAAUGACUGGCGGAAGUUUAAGCUGGAGAGUAUGGAUCAGGAGUCCUUACCUCCCAACAAGCAGGAGCUGCUGAAACAGAUGUCAUCCCCGCACAAAUACUGUAACGCAAGUCAAAAGAUGAGCGUCCAGGAGUACGAGCUGCUUAAGGAUGAUGAUGAGCAGUGUCUACGCAAGUACCGCAAGCAGUGCAUGCAGGAGAUGCAUGAGCGUCUCAGCUUCGGGCCCAGGUUCAGUGGUGUGCAUGAACUGGACAACGGUGAGGCAUUUCUCGAAGUAAUUGAGAAGGAGCAUCAGCUCACUGUAGUGGUGGUGCACAUCUACAAAGCUGGUGUCAAGGGCUGUGAGGCGCUGGACAGGUGCCUAGACUGCUUAGCUGCUGAGUAUCCCAGCGUCAAGUUCUGCCGCCUCAACGCAGCCGUCUCCGGUGCGGGUGAACGCUUCUCUGACGACGUUCUACCAGCUGUACUGGUUUACAAGGCUGGAGAGAUGCUGGGAAAUUUCUUGGCGAUCACACAGCAUUUCAAUGAUGAGUUCUUUGCCACAGAUGUGGAGGCCUUCCUCACUGAAUAUGGACUGCUGCCAGAAAAAGAACUCAGGCCAGGUGGGGAUGAGGCAGAUGUGGAGUAAUGGAAGAUAGUUUCAUGUCAUUAUUCUGCAGGUUUACAUGUGACAAACAGUAGUACAAGCUAGAAAUGGCUGGGUUAAACAUAGUCCACAAUUGUUGGUUCAUAUUUACCAGAUUGCUGGGCCAGUUAUUAUUAUUAUUAUUGGAAUGAUGAAACUUUUCCCACACUGCUUUUCCUUAAAAAUGCAGGAAGGAGAGGCAUUAUAGUUAGCAUCCUCAGCCCAACUUCCCCUUUGGCAUCUAUAUGAUGACAGUUUCAAGUCUAUCAAUAUCAUCACUGUUAAUUGGCCUUUUAGUAACCACAUAAAUCUGAUGAUAUUAGCUACAUAUUUUAAAAAAAAGAAAGAAAGAAAGAAACAAAAAGAAAAGCCCCGUGUCAUAUUUAUAAAUCAGACCUAUUUUUAUUUAGAGUAUAUUAAUAUAUAAAUGUGUCAUCUUUAUUGUUUUGCUAUUUAUCUUACAACUGAGUUCUGAAACAUAGAAAUCUCUGAAUUUAAUAUAAAUGAAAUCAUAGGAAGAUGUUUAUAGAGCUGCUGGAAAGUUUGUGUUUAGAAAGUUUAGAAUUUCCUGUACGUCUACAUAAAUAUGAGCUAAAACAUCGACUGAUUUUCACACAAGUCUUAAAAGUAGACAAAGAGAACCCAAUUAAGCAAAAAAUACAACAAUAUUAUACCUGGUUAUUUAUUUAUUUAUUGAGGGAAAUGAUCCAGUAUUCCAGAUCUGAGUGGGGAAAUGUGAAGUAUGUGAACGUCUAGGAUUAUCGGUUUAAUCUGAAGGUGAAAUUAGAGUCAGGUGUGAGUGAGGGAGCGUCCUGUUUUAUUUAAAGAACAGGGAUUUAUCAGAGUCUGAUCUUCACAACACGCGUCUGUGGAAGUGCAUCAUGGUACGAACAAAGGAGAUUUCUGAGGACUUCAGAAAAAGAGUUGAAGCUCAUCAUGGUGGAAAAGGUCACAAAACCAUCUCUAAAGAGUUUGUACUCCACCAAUCCACACUCAGACAGAUCGUGUACAAAUGGAGGAAAUUUAACACCAUUGUUCCCCUCCCCAGGAGUGGAGACCACCAAAGAUCACUCUAAGAGCACGAUGUGUAAUAGUCUGUGAGGUCACAAAGGAACCCAGAGUAACUUCUAACCAACUAAAGUCCUCUCUCACAUCGGCUGAUGUUAAUGUUCAUGAGUCCACCAUCAGGAGAACACUGAACAACAACAGUGUGCAUGGCAUGGUUACAAGGAGAAAGUCACUGCUCUCCAAAAAAGAACAUUGCCACCCUUCUGCAGAUUGUUAAAGAUCACAUGGACGAGCCAGAAGUCUAAUGGAAAAUGUUUUGCGGAAGGAUGAGAACAAGAGAGAACUUUUUGGUUUAAAUGAGAAGCGUUAUGUUUGGAGAAAGGAAAACACUGCAUUCCAGCAUAAGAACCUUCUCCCAUCUGUGAAACAUGGUGGUGGUAGUGUCAGAGUUUGGACCUGUUUUGCUGCGUCUGGACCAGGACGACUCGCCAUCAUUGAUGGAACAAUGAGUUCUGAAUUAUACCAGCGAAUUCUAAAGGAAAAUAUCAGAACAUGAGUCCAUGAACUGAAUCUGAAGAGAAAGUGGGUCAUGCAGCGAGACAACGACCCUAAACACACGAGUCGUUCUCCCAAAGAACAGUUAAAGAAGAAUAAAGUUAAUGUUUUGGAACGUCCAAGUCAAAGUCCUGAACUUAAUCCAGUAGAAAUGUUGUGGAAGAACCUGAAGCGAGCAGUUCAUGUGAGGAAACACACCAACACCCCAGAGCUGAAGCUGUUCUGUUCUGAGGAACGGGAUAAAACUCCUCCGAGCCGAUGUGCAGGACUGAUCAACACUUACACCAAACGCUUAUCUGCAGUUAUUACUGCACAAGGAGUCACACCACAUACUGAAAGCACACUCACUCACAGAUAUGUCAUAUUAGAUCAUUUUCCUCCAUAAAUAAAUGACCAAGUAUAAUAUUUUGUUCUCAUUUGUACUGGGUUCUCUUUAUCUACUUUUAUGACUUCCACAUCACAUACGAGUUAACACGUGCAAACGUGACUAAUUUGAAAUCUUGUGUUUAAAAAAAGUGUACAAUAUUUUUUGUUCGUUUUUCUCUUCUUCACUAUUAAAGAUGAAAGGUU